UAUCAGUCCUCCUGCAGAUUUGCAGACAGCAUGUCGUGGCCCGGCUACAUCAAGUACCACGGCCUAGCCCUGCCACCUGGAGCACACUCAGAAGAGAGCUUGGAAUAUGCCCAAAGUUUCUCUGUGGAAGACACCGAUGUGUUUGCUGUAACAUAUCCUAAAUCAGGUACAAUCUGGAUGCAAGAGAUCCUCCCGCUGGUGCUGAGUGAGGGGGACUUGACGCCUAUCCAAACAAUCCCCAACUGGGAUAGAGUUCCCUGGCUCGAGGAGAAAAGACUAAAAGAAGUUGUGGAUCAGUUGUCUUCUCCACGAGCACUGGUCACACAUUUUCCUUUCCAACUCAUGCCGCAAUCGUUCUUCUCCUCAAAAGCCAAGGUGAUCUAUGUAAUGAGGAACCCCAAGGAUGUCAUUGUGUCUUCUUAUUAUUUCCACCAGAUGGCUGCUUUCCUUGAAGACCCUGGAACCUGGGAUGAGUUUAUUGACAAAUUCCUGGAAGGCAAAGUGAUGUUUGGCAAAUGGACAGACCAUGUUAAGAGCUGGAAGCACGCAGAUCUGGGAGACAGAAUCAUGUAUAUAACAUACGAGCAAAUGAUUCAGGACCUUCCUUCAGCUGUACGUCGUAUUGCUGAUUUCCUGGGAAAGAACCUGAGUGAUGAAGUCAUUGAGAAAAUAGCCAACCAUUGUUCUUUCAAGUCCAUGCAAGCCAACAAGAUGUCUAACUUCAGUUUGGUCCCCAAGAUGUAUAUGGACGCUGACAAGUCUCAAUUCCUUAGGAAAGGUAUUGUUGGAGACUGGAAAAAACAUUUCAGUUCAGCGCAACUGGCCCACUUCUCCUCGACCAUUUACAAGGAGCUGGAAGGGGAGACUUUUACUCUGCCAUGGAACCUGAGUGAUGCAGCAGAGGUCACAAAUGUGUAUGCUUAA